AUGCGCUUCGACGACGGCGGCGAGCUCGCGAUGACCGACGGGCGCCGCCUCGGCCGCAUCCUGCUGCGCGACGACCCCGAGCGCGAGCCGCCGGUCGCGAAGCUCGGCUUCGACCCGCUGCUCGCGAUGCCCCCGCCGAAGCGGUUCUCCGAGCUGAUCCGCGCGCGCGGCGCCAACGUGAAGUCGCUCCUGCUCGACCAGUCGUUCGCGGCCGGGGUCGGCAACUGGAUCGCGGACGAGGUGCUGUAUCAGGCCGGCAUCGAUCCGCGGCGCCACGCGGCCUCGCUGACCGACGCGGAAGCCUGUCGCCUGCGCGCGCGGCUCGCGGCCGAUCGUCAAGCGCGCGGUCGACGCGAACGCCGACGAUGCGCGCUACCCGCGCACGUGGCUGUUCCACCGCCGCUGGGGCAAGCGCGCGAACGCGACGACGACGCGCGGCGACCGCAUCGAGCACCUGACCAUCGGUGGACGCACGACCGCAUGGGUGCCGACCGCGCAACACUGACGGCAGCGCUCACCGCUCCUCGAUGCGGACGGUCUUGCGCCGGCUGUUGGGGUUGCAGCGGACGCGGCCGGACACCGCAGAUCACGCUUGUCGGCGAACUCCUGGCCCACAUCCGACUGCCGGGCGUUGCAGCGGACGCGGCCGGACACCGAGCGCUCACGGCCGCUUGA